AUGAGGUCACCAGCAAAACCAAAAGAGGUCCAAAGGUUGACAGGAUGCCUCGCCGCCCUUAAUAGAUUCAUAUCAAAGGUGACUGAUAAAUGCGCUCCCUUCUUUGAUGCCUUGAUGGGAGGUAAGCAUUUUAAGUGGACACCACAAUGUGAAGAGGCCUUUCAGAGGCUGAAAGAGCACCUUGGCAGACCUUCUAUCCUAUCAAAACCUAUACCAGGCGAGAAGCUAAGCUUAUACCUGUCCGUAUCAAAGCAUGUCGUAAGCUCAAUAUUGAUCAGAGAAGAAUGGAUCCAGUUACUGGUCUACUACGUAAGCAAGAGGCUCCUAGACGCCGAAUUAAGAUAUACCCAAAUGGAACAGUUAGCUCUCACCUUGAUGGUGGCCUCGAGGAAGCUUCAACACUAUUUCCAGGCCCACACCAUACGAAUCCUAACGAACCACCCGCUAAGGCAAGCGUUACAAAAGCCUGAAACCUCGGGUCGACUCUUAAAAUGGUCGGUAGAGCUAAGCCAAUUCGACAUCAAAUACAUACCGAGGGCGGCAAUCAAAGGACAAACACUGGCGGACUUCCUGGCCGAGUUCUCCCACAGACCGGCGUUAGCCGCCGAUGGAAAAAUUAAGGAAAUAAGAUGGAAGCUUUACAUGGACGGAGCGUUGAAUGAAACUGGGUUAGGAGCCGAUGUCAUGCUAAUAAGCCGGAAAGAUCACAAAAUCACCUCGGCGGUACGAUUCAAAUUCAAGGCGUCGAAUAAUAAAGCAGAAUACAAGGCGCUGAUCGCAGUGGUCAGGCAGGUGAAGGAUGAGUAUCAGGCAUGGGGAGAAAAGAUGGGGGCUUAUCUGAGGAAGGUAAAAGAAGAGCUUGUAAAGUUCAAAAGCUAUGAGAUACAACAGGUGCCAAGAGCCGUGAAUGCAAACGUUGACGCCUUGGCCAAGUUGGCGUCCUCGAAAGAUUCGGACCUAGUAGGGGUCGUCCCCAUCGAAGAAUUGGAACAAUCGACCAUUGACGAGGCGGUAGAAGUCUUGACUAUUCAGACGGCUGGGAACUUGAUGACACCCCUCGUCCGGUGCUUGAUGAACGCAGAGCUGCCCAAUGACAGAGACGAAGCCAGAAGGAUCAGGUACAGAGCCGCCAAAUACCUACUAUAUGAUGGUUUGCUAUACAGACGAGGCUUCUCAACGCCUUUGCAGCGGUGCCUAGAUGAUCAUGAGGCGUAA